AAGUACUUGAACUCGUGUUGUUUUUUAAAACCAUUGAUUGAUUUUGUUGAGUGAACUGCAUGUCUUCGAGAGAUAGAAAACCCGUCUCUCAAACGAGUUAAAAUGCUGUUAUCAACAAAGACCCCCAGGGCCCUGGCGGCCAUCUUUGAGAGUCCCAGUGAUGACGAGGACUUCCUGGGUUUCGCCGGGCCAGUGCUGAGUGACAGCGAGUCAGACAGCCUAGCCUCCGAGGACUCUGGGAAGCCGGCCAUAUCUUUCAGGUCAAAGUUUGUGACCUCUGAGUUGGUUAGUCUGUUUAGCCAUUCUGACAAUGAGGGGGAGGAGUUUGAGGGCUUCAGUGAGGAAGAGGAGGAGAAGAGGGGUUCCAGAAGCAGGACGAAGGCUAUGUGUAUAGCGGAGGAGAGUGAUGAGGACACAGGGUUCUACUCCGAGGGGGAGGAGCCAGACACACACAAGAGGAAGAGUCUCUGUGUCGCCUUCAGGUUUCCCACAAAAAGACUCUCUGCCCAGAAACGGGAGGCACCAAUCAACGCCGCCCCUCCGGAGAGGCGAACCAAUGAGAGGCUGCAUCUGAAAAGGGGUUUGUCUCAGGAGUCCAGUGGGAGGGAGACACAGGAUCAGAAACCGCCCCCAAAGAAAGAGGCGCUAGGAAAAGAGAAGAUGGAGGUCGAGUCGCGGGUUCUAAGUAAACGAGCCAAGAACAUCCAGGAGAACAAAGCCAUGUUGGCCAAGCUGUUUGCUGACCUGACCAACAUGUCUGAAGUCACCUCGUCUCCUACCAAGAAGAGGCGUGUGAGUGAGAAGCCGCCCCCUCGUAGACGAGGUGUGUGUGAGGGGGGCGAGAGGAGGAACCCGUCGCGUGCGGCCAGACCGCCAGAGAAGUUUGGGGUGGAGGAGAGCAGUACCUCCCCUUCACGACACGACAGAUCCGUGAGGACUAUCGACGUCGGGAAACUACUGGAGGUACACGUAAACACACUACUGGAGGUGGACGAGCUGGGUAGAAGCGGGAAGAAGAGGAGGGUGAGCAGUGGGAAGAAGAAGAGAAUUACCCAUGUGAGAUCAGUGGAUGAAAUCACAGAGGAAGAGCUGGACAACGUGGCUCAACGCGCCAGAGACAAGAUACUGGACAAGGACCACGGCAGCACGUGUCACCAGUGCAGACAGAAAACUCUGGACACCAAGACGGUCUGUCGUAGUGGAGUGUGUAUAGGGGGCAAAGGUCAGUUCUGUGGGCCCUGUCUGAGGAACCGCUACGGAGAGGACGUACACACAGCCCUGCUAGACCCGGACUGGGAGUGUCCUCUGUGUCGAGGUAUCUGUAACUGCAGUCUGUGUCGACGGAGAGAAGGACGCUGUGCAACCGGACAACUGGUCCAUUUGGCUCAACACAAGGGCCACAGCAACGUCCAAGAUUACCUGGAGAGCAUCCAGAAAGAUGUUAGAGCCUAGAGACAAGCAGACAGCGCCCCCGUUGGUCAGAACAGAGAAUUACAUCCUGCAGGCCCCGAGGGAGAGAUCCAGCAGUAAUAAUCUCUCCUUUCUCCUGAAGUGUACACUCGUUCACUUCUUCCCACAAAUCUGAAAACAUUGGAUUGGAGGAGGCAUGAGCUAAAAGAGGUUUCCACCAUAAUUCUUAAACCAGUCAUUUCCCUAUAAAUCAAUAAAUGGAAGUGAACAAGUGCACACUUUGGAAGGAAGGUGAGAUAAUUAGGACGUAGUCACACUGACCCACAUUGUCCUGCUUUAAUACUGCCACAGUUCAGACUAGAACCCAGGGUGUUCCUCUGACACCUUAUUUAAUCCCAGUCAUGUUCAGUAGGCACACGACGCUUUGAAACAGGAGGUAGUACCUGACAUUCUGCAGUAAGAACAUACUUAUGUAAGUAUGUUCUUAAGUAUUUAGAACAUACUUAAGUAUUUAUUUGGACAGUGAAGCAGAAACUUUUGAUUUAUGUCUAUCCCCCAUUUUUUUGGAUUUGAGAUCAAAUGUUUUAUGAGGUGACAGACUACAGAAUGCAGGGGUUGGAACCAAUUUAAAAAUAACAAAUAAUUAAAGAGCAGCAGUAAAAUAACAAGCGAGGCUAUAAACAGGGGGUACCGG